AUGACCGGGACAGAGCGCAAAGUUUUUCAGAAAUACUACCCUCCCGACUAUGAUCCUACUAAACUACCGAGAGCUAAAGGGACGAGAGCACGGCAGUUUGUCCAACGAGUUAUGACCCCUUUCAACAUGCAGUGUAACACUUGCCAUGAGUACAUUUAUAAAGGGAAAAAAUUCAAUAUGAAAAGAGAAACGGUAGAAGGAGAGGACUACCUGGGACUGAGAUUGUUUAGAUUCUAUUUCAAAUGUCCGAACUGCUUGGCAGAAAUUACUUUCAAAACCGAUCUGGAGAACUGUGAUUAUCAGAAUGAGCACGGGGCCACUCGAUUAUUCGAAGCUAUCAAAAUGUACCAAGACGCUGAAAAAGCUAAGGAAGCCCAAGAAGAAGAAGACAAAAAAGAUCCGAUGAAAAUGCUCGAAAAAAGAACGAUGAUGAGUCGCGCUGAGAUGGAGGCUAUGGGAAACCUCGAGGAUCUGCAAGAGAUUAGUAGACACAAGGAAUCUGUAGAUGUUGAUGACUUCUUGGAGGCUACCAAACCUGAGUUAACAAUUGCUGAACAGAUAAAAUUGCAGGAGGAGGAGGAUGAGGCAUUAAUCAGGAACAUCUAUGGAAGGACGAGCGAUGGGAAGAUAAUGAAACGGUUAGACGAAGAAGAGGAAGAGGAGAAGCCUGGAACAAGCGGAUUGCUGACAACGAAAGAACCUCCUGACAUCAAGCCGGUUGACAUAAAGCCAACGUUUAGUAAGGAUAUUCCCAAACGAGCCAAUGAUCAAAAGGCGCUGUUGUCGAAGUUGGUAACUGUCAAAAAGAAAAAGGUUGAAGUGAAGGAAGAACCUGUCGAUGAUCUUCCUAUACCUCCGCCUUCCACAUCCACUCGGUCAGAAAUGAAGCCAUCAAGUGGCCUGCUAGGGCUCUGUGGCUACGGAAGUGGAAGCGGAACUGACUCGGAUUGA